ACGUUAGCACAUGCAGCAGGCUUCAGCAAUCCGCCUGGGUUGGAUUCGAACCCGCGAUCAUCAUUUCGACAGGCGGACGCUUAAAUUAAUUACCGACUGAGUCAACUCGCCUGUGUGAGUUUCAUCUGAACAAAAUAUGGAUUCGGGUGCUUCGUACGACAGCCGUGUCUUCUCGAUGGAGCCCGGAGAUACAGGCGCCGUAGCAGGGGGGAAUGGGGGUGCUGGGGGAUCCCACAAAGACCAUGGACGUCAAGAGAAAUCUUGGUGGAAGCUUCUGUCCAGGUCAUUCGGAGACGCCGUUGGUGUAUCUGGUAUCAAGUUUGUCUUCAAUGGCAAAGAAAUGAUGCUGAGGAGGAUAAUCUGGUGUUUGAUUCUUGUUGCUGCUACAUCUAUCAUGCUGUACCAAAUCAUCUAUCAAUGCAUCUUCUACUCCACAUUACCGAUCAACACUCGAGUAGACAUCGAAUUUGCCGAAAACCUCGACUUUCCCUCUGUUGCUAUUUGCAACUACAAUGUAUACAGCAAAUCGUAUCUGGAGAAAAACGAGAAGGAGUUUGCUGACUUCCUGAAAUAUGUAGCAGGUCUGUACGCAACACAUCAACCAUAUGAUUACACGUCGUAUGAAGGCAACCUUACCACCAAGAAUUACACACACUUGAGUCUGAACGCGGCUCAUCAACUCGACAGUAUCUUAUUAGCUACAUUCAACAAUGAAGUCAUUACUAGGGAGAAUUUUUCAAUUUCCCUUUUAGAAUUCGGUGCUUGUUUUACUUUCAACUUGGGCGCUGCCAAUCGUUUGAAAGUUCACGCACCAGGAAUAUCUCACGGAUUGCAAGUGGUUCUAGACACCAGACAGUGGGACUACUUCUAUGCGACAUCAUCGGUAGGCUCGGCAAUUUCAGCUGGUUUUCAGAUCCAGGCAUAUGACAGUAACACGAGCAGUGCACAGGUCAAUGAAUACGGGAUUGCCGUAGGACCGGGAACGAGGACUCUCAUUGGUCUUACACUUUUUGAGACCCGGAAUUUAGCCCCUCCUUAUGGUGACUGCGGUGAGAAGACCUUGAAGUAUCACGAUGUUUACCGAGUUAGUUCGUGUCAUCUCGAGUGUAAAACCGACUACGUGAUCGGAAUGUGUGGAUGCCGAGCUCCCUAUAUGCCUGGACCUGGUAGAGAGUGCAGCCCACCGGAAAUCAUAUGUGUUCGAGAUGCUAUGGAUGUCUACGGCAGAAACUCGAGCCAAAGUUGUCUAUGUCCCGUACCAUGUCACACAGUAAGGUAUGCCGCCACUAUCUCGCAAGCCAAAUUUCCUUCAGAUUUCUACAGCCAACUCCUAGCAGCUCAGCUCUCAGCGAAUCCCAAUCUAAAUGUGGACGCAGACUACUUCAGCAACAACUUGUGUCUCAUCAAUAUAUUUUUUAACGAGCUUAUCCGUCAAACGACGACACAACAAGAGGCAUAUCUGUUCGUCAGUCUACUCAGUGACAUCGGAGGCUCUCUAGGUAUGUGGAUGGGAGCAAGCAUUCUAACAGUCGUUGAAAUCUUUGAUAUCAUGGGUUAUUCUCUAUUCAGGACCAGAGCGCCACGAUCCAAUCACAUGGUAUAAGCCAGGGCCCGCUCGCUCGCAAAUAAAAUAUUAAUAUCAUCACACCCGGGUGCCCUCUUUUCCCAGAAAGUGCCCCCUUUUGUUGGUGCCCCCCCCCACACUUUGAAUGACGCUCCGCCGCCCCUGGAAUGCUUAAACCGCUCUACCUGAUCAUAAAUACUUUAGCCCCCCCCCCCCUACCAUCGCGCAUAUGGUUUUAUACUCUAGACCAGAACGUCAUGAUCAAAUCCAUUGGACAUAGGCAUG